CGCGGCCUCUUCUUAUUCGCUCCCAUUUUACUGUAAACUGAAACCACUCGAGUCAGUCCCUCAACUUCUGGGAAUGACAUGAUGACGUCCAACAUUUGUGGCGCGUUUAGUGCAAUAUCCGGGUACUGACGGCUCACUGUGUUUUGCUGUACUACUUCUCAUUCCGACGCACAUAUGCACUCAUAAGUACGGAAGUGCGCGAAUUAAGAAACUGCAUAUUUUUGACUAUAUUGUUAAUGUUAAUGCAUAUUUUUUUAACUUGCAUUUUUUCAAUAAAAUUUACGGAGGAUAAAGUGGGCUGUACAUUACGGACGUCACUUCCGUAAACUAUAUACGCAUUUCCGCUAGCCUUAACGCGGCGCCACCGGAGAAACUUUGGCAAACGCUUUGCAGUCCUUCGCUACUAUAUUUCUUUGUUGUCUGGAAGUAGCCAACAAACGCCACCAUGGUCGACAAAAUGAGCAUGUCUCUGGACGACAUUAUCAAGAUGAACAAAGGAGGCCGCGAUAGUUUUUCUUCCUACGGGGCAAGUAAACGUUCUGGUUCCGCCGUUGGGUCCUCGAGGUCGACGCGGAGUCGACCGAAUAAUUUCAACCGCGGGCGAGACAACCGACCCGCACCGUACACCAGGCCCAGAGAGUUGCCAGACAUAUGGCAGCACGACAUGUUUGAGCAGCAUGCCGGAGAACACAGAGGUCUGAGCGCGGCAGCAGACAGAGGUGCGGAAAGUAGUGCCAAGCUGCUCAUUUCCAAUCUCGACUUUGGAGUGUCUGACAUGGAUAUCAAGGAGCUGUUUGAAGACUUUGGACCAUUAAAGAAAGUAUCGGUGCACUAUGACAGGUCUGGCCGCAGCAAAGGAAGUGCAGAUAUCUGCUUUGAAAAGACAGCGGAUGCAGUCAAAGCCAUGAAGCACUAUAAUGGCGUCCCUCUUGAUGGCCGCCCCAUGAAAAUCGUACCAGCGACAUCGGAUGACUUGCAAAGUCGACCGUCAGUGCAGAGAGGCUUUGACAGGAGCCGCCUCGGUCAGCCCACAUUUGAAAGAAGCGAAAGGAGGCAAGGUGGCAGCGGUGGAGGCUCCAGAGGAUACGGGAGGGGCAGGGGGAGAGGAAGCAGACCCCAGCUAUCCGCGGAAGAGUUGGAUGCCCAGUUAGACGCUUACAAUGCCAUGGCGGACAACAGAUAAAGAAGCACACAUUCCACUCUUCAUUUUAUUUCCAUGAUGGUGAUUUCACACAAUGGAGCUGAUCUCAUUUAUUUCAGAGGCCAUUUUACUGUAAGGAGCCAUGUCUUUUUAGAUAUUUUAGUGUUUUCACUUCAUGUUUAUUGCAUUUUUUUUGUCAGUUGCUCUUGCUGUAAUUAUGAAAUGGUUUCUCUCGCUUCCUCUUAUUUUUUUGUAUUCUUACAAAUUAAGUGCUUUAAUGCCAUUUUUAUGUUGAAAGUGUUCAUCAGUUCUAUCACUUGGUACUGUAUACUUGACAUGUGAAUAUCCCAGGGUUUUGUACAUAAAAUACUCAACUGAA